GCGAGAAAGUGUUUGGCGGGCCCGUAGCGGCAUCGCCUUCUGCCGACUCCGGCGCGCUUAGUUAUCUCAGUAUCGCCUUCGACCGCUCCGGCUACGUUUCCGGGCGCUGUGACUGUCAGGGAGCGCACGAAGUUUGCGUAGUUUUGCGGAGUUUUUCCAAGAGUUUACGCGGCUCGAUUGGAGGAGGUGCAUCGAGGCAGUUUUUCUGGAUUUUUUCUGUGGGUUUUUUGAGACAGUGAUUGGCGAAGAGUGACUAGGUGGAUUUGAGGUGUGCGUUAACCGGAUUUUGAGAGCCCUCUGUAUCGUCCCGAAGCUGCAAUUUCCUCGGCUACCUGUGGUAAAGUGUCGCGAUUUCUAGUGGUACGUGAUCUUGGAAACUGGACUGGUUUUGUGUAUUAUGGAAUUGGAACAUAAGUAGUUUGAGUGUUGUUUUUUUUUUGAGGAUUUUCUAUAUUCACGAUGGAAACUGAGGAACUUAUUAAGUUGGUGGAUGGGAUCUAUAAGAACAUCCUGGAUAAGUUUAAUCCGGGAGCUAGACAGAUGAUCAACGCUGGAAAGGCGUACCUGAAGGCCUUGCAUGGUGCAGCUGCAGCAUCUCGUCUCUACGUAGAUGCUAUCAGCAAACUUGCCCGUCAAGCUCAACAAGGAACAUGGGGUGGUUCUUCAGAUAUUGGUGCUGCACUAAUGAAGAUAGUAGAAGUAUACAAGGAAAUACAAGAUCAACAGAUGAACAUUCUCAAGGCGUUCUACGUGGACUUGCUUGUGCCGCUGGAGACGAACUUGGAGAAGGACACCAAGGUUGUGCAGUCUGAGCAGAAGCGUUUCCUGCAGCAACAUAAACAACGCGCUGAGACUUACAGCAAGGCGGCGGCCAUGAUGAAAAAACAGCGGAAGAAGUCCCGGAGCAGCACUAAAACCGGACUGGCCAUGGAUAAGGAACUCAAGAACAUGCAGGUGCUAGAAGAGGAGAAGACCAAAUUGGAUGCUUUUUGCGAGCAGAGCCUCAAAAACGCUAUGACUCAGGAGAGACGUCGCUACGGAUUCGUCCUGGAGCGACAGUGUUCCCUGGCCAAACACCACUUGUCCUACCACUCUCAAGGGGUGAACGCAUACCAACAGAACAUAGAGAAAUGGUCAGAGGUGGCGAAGACCAGAGAAUUUCUGCCGGACUCCGUUGAGAAUAUAUUCACGAACCGAUUGAGGAACAUCUCGGUCUGGCAGGACGAGGACGUCUAUUCGAAUCCCAGAAGCCCGAACUUCGAGGACGACAGGAUGAGCAUCACCUCCCAGUUGCGAAAGACGAAAAGCAUGGACGCCUCUUGUCUAGACAUACGCUCGAUCGGCGACGUUGGCAGCCCUGUAACGACCAUGUCCAGGGCCAAGUCCGAAUAUAAUUUGAAUUCGUCGACCAACUCGCUCAUACAAGAUGGACAUUCCCAGUCCCGCCGUCCGAAAUCGAUGGCGGUCCCACCGCCCCCUCAAUGGGACACCCAGCUGGCCAGAGCCCUCUACGCGUAUUUGUCCAGCGGGGAAAAUCAACUCAGCUUCUUGGAAGGAGAUCUCAUCUCCCUGAUUGGGGAAAGGAACAAGGGCUGGCAGUUUGGCGAGAACUUGAGGACGCAAUGUAGCGGAUGGUUCCCACUGGCCUACACAGAGAUACUGGACGAGCCCAGUUUAUCUCCAAGCCACAGGAAUGAAACAGGAGGUUCCCAGGGGCAGAGCGGUGGAAACAACAACGGCCAAAAUAAUGCCGAAUCCCACGACGGCUCCGAUACACUAUCCGGUAACAACACGCUGGAAUCCACCCGUAUGUUCGGAGAUAGCAUUCAUUUGCACAGAUCAUCCAAUAACGCUAAGCAGAUACGCCGCGCUAUAGGUUCUAACAACAUACCGCCCCCGCAGCUACCAGCACCAGUCCCAACACCAUCACUGCCAUAUCAGAAAGCUGGUCUUACCCAAUCACAGAGCACCAACUUCACCAGUUCCCUCACCAAACCGACCAUAGACACGUCCACGUUCCAGUCCAACUACACGCAGUCAGGCAUCAAAUCUUCGGCUACUUCUUUCAACUUCCAGACGCAGUCGUCUAUCACUGGUGCGUAUUCCACGCAUCCACAGCCAUCCAGAUCUGAUAGACCGACUGCAGGAGCAAAUCUCCCCUUGCACUUACAGACCAAAGGUGGCAAGAUCGGCGGCCCAGUAGGAAACGUCUCUUUGCACAGCAGCAACGAUUCCGGAUUCAGCAACGACCCGCCGCCACAGCCGGAAAUCGAUUACUCGGACGACGACUCGAUACCUGGACAGACCAAGUUGACCACUCGAAGAUCCAAAAGAGAGAAACAGCCGAAGAAUGACAAAAACAAUAACACCUUAGUGAGAGGCUCAUCCAUAAGACACUCCCAAAGCCACGGAAGCCUGGUAGGUAACCAAUAUCAUAUGGCAAGCGACCCUGAAACCUUAUCCAGAGAACACAAACACCUGGUAAAAAGAACCAAGUCCUUCUGGAAAUUCGGCAAGAACAGCUCAGACUGCGAAAUAUUAGAAGGUAUGGCCCUGUGGAGACACAGAGACCUGGUGGACGUUGAAGAAAGCAAGGUGAAAACGAAGAAGUUCAAAAGCCCCAAAAAAGUAGAGAAACCACCAAGAGACAGAUCCAACGAUUCUGACAAAACCAUCAACAAUAAAACCGUUGAGGAAGUUGGAUCCAAGUCGAAAUUGAAGAAGAACUCUGGCGGUUCCAAGGCAAGGAACAACUCUGAGAAGAAGAGCAAAAUGUCCUUGCCUUCGAGAAAAGACUCUGCCAUAGGUAACAACGAUUACGACCAUUACAACGAGGAUAUGAAGAAUGGUGAGAACCAAUUCUACGACGAUGAAGACGGUUUGAUGUUGAAGACGGUUAACAGAAGAAACAUCCUACAACAGUACGAUAACGAUGACUCGACUAUCAUGGAUUCGGAAGAUUCUGAUUCAGAUGCCACGAGCGAUGAUCCCUACGAUUGCAUAGUCAGCGAGGGUCAGAAUAUGGAAAGGAACCAAAGCGGUAACUUCCCUAAUGUAGCAGAGAUUGGGAAAAAGCUGGAGAAACUGUCUAAAUCCAGCAAAUACUCUCCUAACAAAGGAAAUAACAAAGAGGCCAACCAAGACCAAAUCGUAGUUUCGGAGAAGAACAAACUCAACACGACCCCAAUCAGGACAAACAACAACUUCGAUACCGACGUUAUCCAGUACCCAGACAAGCGUUCCAGCUUCAGAACCUUCAGGGGCAAACCUGAGGAGCAGAAAAGCCCUAGUAAAUACUACCAAAACCGACAAGGACACGAAGAGAGAAACAGUGAUGAGAAGAGACGCUACUACCAAACCACAGAGUCCAACCGAACCAGCACGACAGACAGACGAACGGGUGGUAGGCCCAGCUACGAAUCCAUAGAAUCCGAAGUCAUAGAACACAACGCCAGAGAGUCGAAGACCAACACUAACAGGAGAUCCAAGGGUGAAUCUGACAAGAGCGAACGGAAGAAGUAUUACGAUUCCAACGUGGAGUCGGAUGAAGACAGGCAAUUUUUGCCGAGGACCAAGCUGUCGAAGACAAACAGCAACAGCAGCAAGUACGAACAGAACAACGAUUUGAUGGGGUACGGAGAGACUUUGCAGAGGAGGCUGAAGAAUCCAGAAUAUGGAUCUAAGUAUGAUGAUCGGUCUCCUCAUAACGGAAAUAUGUACGGGCCUUGGUAUGACCUUUGGGGCCUUGACGCAACGUCGGGAAAGUAAUGAGACGAUUUGAAUGCAUUGCUUGAUCCUUUCUUGCCUGUUUCUUCGAGCGGUAUCUCUUAAGAGUUCUGGAAGGCUUGAACCUGCACUUCACUGCUUAUUAUCUGGAUUUAGUUGUGUUAAGGGAGGCAGUAGCGAUUUUUGGCAAGUAUGGGUUGUCUUGUUGGCAUAAAGACAUACAUACUUGAUUAAAUGAUAUCAUUUAUAAGGAAAAAUGUUCUUGUAGCUCUACAAUGUUUUAUAAUGUAGGAGAGUUUCCAUUUGAUCAUUCAUCAGGCCAUUUAAGAGCGCUAUUGAAACAUUAUGUCGUGUUAAGACAAAUUUGUUCAUCUUCGUUAUCUUUUUAACGUAGGUAUUAUUGAGUUUUGUUAAUUUUUUGCUUUCAAUAUUUCCUUAUUUUAAGUCUUUCUAUUAGUGAAUUCAGUCAUUCUCUUAGUAACUUGAGAUUAUUGUUUAUUUUGUAGAACUCUCAUUACAAAUCAUUCAUCUUUCGUUUUUAAUACAUCUUUGUUUCAUCAUACAAUUUGGAAAUAGGAGUUAAUCAUUCUUGAAUUAUUGAAUGUUCUAUCAGAAUUAAUUGCACCUAUAUCUUAAAGAGAUACAGUAAACACCAAUCAAUAGUGAAUCCUCAAAAGAUCCAAACAAUAACAAAAAAGUUUUGCUUUGUUUUCUGUAUCUCCUACUUCAAAUUUGUAAUAAACACCACCUCGACUUCCUACAAGCCUGGAGGUAUUUAAUCAUGAAAACCCAUUCAUUUCAAUUACAAAGGGACAAAUUAUGUCGCAACACCCCUUUUAUUCGAUAUAUUAUAUCUGGAAACUGUAAACGAUGAACAGCGAUCUACCUAAUCCAAUUAUUGCCAUUAGUUGGGAGAACCAACUAAAGGGGGCAACGCUGUGAAUGGUUGGUUUGCAUAUUUUACUCCAAGAGAUGCAAAUUGCUGGAUGGAAUUGCUCGAUUUUAGACUACCUUUCAAGCAAUACGCGUUUAUAUAAAGGGAAACCGUCAGAAGUUUUGAAGGUGUUGACGAAUCUUAUGAAUAUUCCAAGGAGUUUAGAGUUGGUUAUCAAAUUCGAACGAUACAGGGAAACCCUGAAAAAGAAGACUGGCUUACGCAACGAGAUUCUAUGGCCAAACAAAAAGUGCUUCCUAUUCUUCUGUAUUUCAUCGUAAAGUCACCUUUACAAUUCGAAAAGUAAACGUUGUGUUUCCUUCAGUCGAUGUGCAUCUUGUAUAAAACGUAUUGAUUGGAAGUAGUGAAUCAUUUAAUGAUAUUUUUGAAAAUUUUCGAAUCAUAAAAUAUGGAAACAAAUCAAAAAAUUAAUAUCAACAUCGAAUUCACAAAAAGAAAUUAAAAAAGAAACCAAUUAUAAGUUAUGAAUAAAAUGAUAAUAUAUAUCAAUAUCAAAUAUGUAAUUUCUAAUCUUUAAAUCACAUUUAAUAGCUUGAACCACGUUUUCUAUUGGGACAACAUCUGUGGGUUAUGGUUUCAGCAAUGGGAAAAGCAACCAUUAUCUGGGAUUCCUAAUGGUUGCUUUCCACCACAUAAUUGCCUCUGACAUAUUCAAUUAGAUGAUAUUUUUAAUUUGUAGGGAUCGUAAAAAUAUUCGAAAAUUGUUCAAGUUCAAUUUCAAGCAUUUUACUGCUUUUAUUAUUCAGUUAUGAGUAAUAAUAUAAUAUGAUUCGAAUAUUGCAGGGCUUUGACUAACCUUCAAUAAAGGUGUUGGUUCUCUUUCAGAUCUGCAUCAAGUAACUUCGCCACCAUCAAACUGAGGAAAACUAACCCUAGUACUGACAGAAAAUCUUCACUAAUUUUAGAAUAAGCUUUUGCUUCUUGGGAAUUCUGAAUAUCUACUGGACACAAGUGAACUUUUACAUAUUCCAUUUUCAUGUAUCAUUUGAAAUACUUUACUCAUGUUUCUAGGGAAUUUCAUACCCAAGAUUCUAAGAAAAAAAUCCAGUUUUAUUCAGACUUCAUUUUUUGGCUUGUGCUACAUACCUGCUUCAUUCACAAAGUCAUAAAUAUUGAGUUGAAUUUCAAAUUGAAUCAAUGUGAAACAACUGUAUCUAAAAAUGGAUAUAGUCUGCGUUGAGCCUGAAAGAAUAUAUUAUUUGUAUAGGUAUGUUAUUUGUAUAGGUAUGUUAAAACCUAAAAUAGAUUUUAGGUUUGAUUUUAUGUUACCUUAUUUUCAGUGAUAAGAUGUAAUUGUACUUUUGUAGUUAUUGUUGAACGCGAUAUAAGCUAGUCUAUAGUACUUAGGCUAACAAAUAUUCAUAAAGAUAUUGUAUAGAUGUAGAAAUAUCGAAUUGAUUGCUCAGAAAGACUUCUUGCUACGUUCUCCUGAGAUAAUAUAGUGUGUUUCAAAAUUCAGUAUUUAGAUUUUGGGGUCGUAUUUUUCAGUUCGAAAUAAUACUUUUUUUGGGGUUCAUCCAUCAUACAAAAAAAUUUUGGAAAUAUUGAAACUUGAACUAUCUAAAUAUAAAUAAUGGGAAAAUAGACUUAUUUCGACCUGAAGAAUGCGCUCCUGAAAUUUCAAUGCUGAAUUCUGAGACACCCUGUAUAUUCAUUUUCAACGAUUUUUGGGAAUAAACUUCCCAAAAACGUUUUUUGUACAUUUUUCUAUGGUGGUUGGGAUGGUGCAAUAUAAUUAAAUUCAACACAAACUUACUAUCAUGUUUGCUGACUAAUAACUUACGCAAAACUCGACAUUUUUGAAGGACGUACCUGACUCUCAACUUUUUCCAAAAUCUCAACUAUAAAUCCGGAGCUUAACCAAUCAAAAACUCGCAUCAUCGUAUCAAAUUCUCAACUCCAAAAUGUAUAUUUUCGUAAAAUAUGUAUUUGAAAUUAGGGGACUGUGAUAAUUUUUUGUAAGAUGUUAUCAUUUGCAAAACAUGCUUUAGUAGGUUUGAAUAUUUUUGUAAAUAAUCACUAUGUAUAUAUUAACACGAAUUUGGGGGUAUAACUUCAUUUGUAAUAUUUUUAUAUUAAAGUCACUUAGGAAGUAGAGUACUAGAUUAUGAUGGUCAAUUGAAACGACUCGAGAAUGUGCUUUAGCUGAAAUAUUCCAGAAAUGGAUUGUCAAUAAAUCAACUGAGAGAUGAAUCAACGAUUUCGAAGUCUAAGGUUUUUCAGAUUUUCACAAUUCAAGUGAAAAUUUCCAUAUUUUACCACUGAAAAACCUUAGUUUUCAUUUGAAAGGAAAGUAAGUGCUAUUUACUGUAAAUAGUUAAUAUUAUAUUUUGUCAAUUUUGAAGCAAAAAUUUGCUCGUAUAAGUGUGAAUUUGUUCAACGUUGCUCUUAUAUAUCAGAAAUUUAUAAAUGUUGAUAGCCUGUAUUAAUUUUAUCAUUAAGUAAACUUCAUACUGUAAGAAUUAAUAAUGAUAUUAUUUUAGUCGUACAUAUUUUCUUUAAUUAUUAAUCUUAUUCCAUAAAUAUUACAUAACCGUCCACCAAUGUUAUCUUAAGUGUAUACCUUCAUUUUAUUUCGUGUAAGUUUUUUGCAUUUGUUUGAUAAUGGAUGUCUAGUACACCAAUGUUUUAAUUAUAAUGAAAAUAGAAAUAGAAGUGAACUUGAUGUAAACAAUACGUAUGAUGUAUUCUAUAAUCAUUUUAUUCUGUUUUAGCAGAUGUAUAAUGUUACUGUUAAAUAUAUUCGAUAUCAUUUUAAUAAAAUAAAUGAAGAAAUAA